AUGGAGAGGGCAACCUAUCUUCCUGGGCCAGCAGGGCGGCUGCAAGCUCUCCGCGACGCCGGACAGCCGAUUACCGCCGCUUCCCUCGGUCUCGUGGAUUUCGGAGCUGGCGGUGGUCUCGGAGCCGGUUUCGGAAAUGGUUGUUCACCUGGUCGCAGUGAUGACCCGGACUUCUCCUCCCCCUCGUGGCUGGCUGCACUGGAGAGCUUCGACGCGGAAAGCUAUGAGGACGCCAGGGUACUGCUGCCGUACUCGCUCCGGUCCGCGGCCGCGCAGCCAUUCCAGAAGAUCCCCCGGCUGCUGGUGCUGGUUUCGGCGCUGACCCCCUCGCCAGGGGGAGAUGCGUUUGCGCUGCUCAAG